CCACUACCCUUGACUCUUGCCUUCACGCACCGCCGCGAUACCCUCCUCUAUAAUGAGCAACCUCGAGAAGACUUUAUUCCAGCUCAAGUUCACAGCAAAGACCCUUAACCGCCAGGCUAAGAAGGCACAGAAGGAUGAGAAUACUGAGAAAUCUCGCCUGAAAAAGGCCCUUCAACAAGGAAAUAAUGAUGGCGCCCGGAUAUAUGCAUCGAAUGCUAUUCGCAAGAAGAGCGAAGCCCUUAACCUUUUACGGCUAUCGAGCCGCAUAGAUGCAGUGGCAAGCCGCGUGGAGACGGCCGUAACGAUGCGACAAGUGACUGGAAAUAUGACUUCUGUGGUGAAGGGCAUGGACAGGGCUAUGGAAAGCAUGAACCUCGAAAGGAUUUCUCUUGUGAUGGACAAGUUCGAGUCGCAAUUUUCAGACCUUGAUGUGCAAACGUCGUAUAUGGAGGAUACUAUGGCUGCUACUAGCGCAGUAUCUACGCCACAAGAUCAAAUCGACCAGCUUCUGCGCCGGACUGCGGAGGAGGCUAAUAUAGAGCUACAGCAUGAUCUUGCCGCAAAGGAUCUUGCUGCUGUGCCAGAUCUAUCGCCUCGAGAGAAGAUUGGAGAAGAGGAUGAUAAGUUGGCGGAGAGAUUGAGGGCCCUAAGGCCUGCUACAUAGUCAGUCUACCCGGCAAUUCAGUAGACAUGUUGUAGGAUAUGGCAAAGUGGACACUUUUGUUGUGUAUCACACGUUUGUAUGUAUGGAAAUCAUUAAUUAGGA